AUGGGAAACUCUGAGAGCCAGUACAGUAUCCAGGGCCUUAAAGCCACCAACUUUGGUUUCUCUGGAACACAGAAGCCGUACUCGCUAAAACUCGGCCCAGCCACAGACGACCCCCUGUCACCUCAUGAAUGGUGGAAAAGUGCACCAGUGAGCUAUGGGUAUAAAGCCAAAUGUGUCAGCCGAGGUUGUCUCUCCCCUCCAAAGACCCGACAGCCUUAUUCUGCCCGUCACAAUGACUGUGUCUCAAGGGGGGCGAGGUGUAGCCCAAAUGAACAUCGCUGGCAUCGGCCAACUGGAUGUGGUAUACGCAAGCGGCAUGUGUCGGAUGACUAUGAAGAUAAUCCAUAUGGAGCAGAGCUCAAUAGCUAUACUUUAAAUGGUCAGAGAGAUAAACAAGAGGUUUUAGAGAAACAGAGUAGCCCAAGAGUGGUGAUUAAGAAGGAUGGCAGCCUGAGAGUAGAAUUCACCAACACCUCAGGCAAUGAUUUCCUCCUGGAUGAAGUCUCUGGUCCUGUACAGCUACUCAAAUUCUCGUCUAAUUUGGAGUCCCCCUCUACACCUAGUUUGCCUGGUUCUGGCAGCAGCGAACCCGAUGGCGUGCACAGUGGUCCUCCACCAGCCUCUACCUCCUCUACUGCUAGAACCAGUAAAGGGAGCUCACUGAGCUCAGAUGGUUCCUGGUAUGAUUCUCCUUGGGGUGUCAGUGCAGAACUUUGUGAGCAGGACCAAUCUUGCUCUUCUAUCAGGACGCAAGUACAUUCUCCUAUUCACCAGCAUGACUCUUUCACCGAGCGGUCUUCUCCUCUGUCCAUUGCCGGCCUUUAUAAAGACCCCACAAUGUCUGCUACCUUCCCCAUAGCCAAAGACAUGUCCUCCCAUUUAGAGGCAGCUCCAAUUGGCCAACAGCUACAUGGAGCAUCCCUUGCUUCAGUCUUGGAUGUUCCCUUGGAAGAAGAAUGCCUUGAGCCCCCCCAAUAUUCAUCAUACACCUUGCCCUGUCGAAGACCUAAAGCUCACACUAUGUGUGAGGGCCCCAACCAUGAACAGCAUCGUGAGCGGGCCGGAUCAGAAUUUGGCUUCAACAAGAAAGCUUCUUUAAAAAAACACAUCAGACGUUUCAGUGACUGGACUGGCAGCCUCAGCCGUAAGAAGAGGAAGACUCAGGAAACCAGGUACAAGGAUCAGAGCGAUGUCUUUGACAGCGGUGUUGAUGGCCUGACUACAGACACCAACUCUCCGUCACAGGCGUCAAGUCUCUUGUGGUUCCCAGGUGCGCCAAGGACCCAAUCAUCAGGGGCUAUUCACCAAUCAACCAACGAUGGACUCCGCCAGAACAUUUAUGAGAACUUUAUGAGGGAGCUGGAGAUGGGUAGUGGACAUGGAGGAAGCGAGAAAAAAGAAGCUUCCACAGGCGAAGAUGAAGGAGAGAGCAGCAGUGAGUCAGUUGAGGGGUCGCUUGAGCAGCUGGACCUGUUGUUUGAAAAGGAGCAAGGGGUGGUCAGACGGGCAGGUUGGCUUUCUUUCAAACCUUUAGUGACGCUGCAGAAGGACAGGAAACUGGAGCUGGUUACACGUCGCAAGUGGAAACAGUACUGGGUCACCUUAAAGGGAUGUACGUUAUUAUUCUAUGAGACGUACAAUAAAGAAUCAUCAGAGCAAGAGCUGUCCCCUCGCUACUCUUUACUCGCUGAGGACAGCAUCGUCCAGGCUGUGCCAGAGCAUACAAAAAAGGAGAAUGUCUUCUGCCUCAGCAACUCAUAUGGAGAUAUCUACCUCUUUCAGGCCAGCAACCAGACCGACCUAGAGAACUGGGUGACAGCCAUCCACUCGGCCAGCGCCUCGCUGUUGGCCAAGCGCCAGGGAAAGGAGGAUACAGUGCGCCUGCUGCGGAGCCAGGUUCGCGGCCUGUUGCAGAAGAUUGACAUGGAUGGGAAAAUGAAGAAAAUGGCUGAGCUUCAGCUGACUGUUGUUAGUGAUCCCAAAAACCGCAAGGCCAUUGAAAACCAGAUCCAGCAGUGGGAGCAAAAUCUGGAGCGGUUCAACUUGGAUCUUUUUAGGAUGCGCUGUUACCUGGCCAGUCUUCAGGGUGGUGAGCUACCCAACCCGAAAAGCCUGUUAGCAAUCGCUAGCCGCCCUACCAAAACCAUCCUGGGCCGUCUCGGAAUCUUCUCUGUUUCAUCUUUUCACGCAUUGAUUUGUUCCAGGGAUGAAGCUACGCUGCGCAGGCGCUCCUUGACACGGACAUUCCGAAAGCACAAAAGAAGCCUUUUUUCAUCCCUCAAAGGCCUUGACACUUUGACAAAGAAGAACAAAAGGGUCUCUGUAUCACAGAUCUUUGAGAGCGACGCUGGAGGUCAAGCGCACGUUCCGCCUCCCAAGAACACAGAGAGAAUGAAUACGCUCACCAGGAUCCACUCCAUGUCGCCCCCUGAGGAAGGUUUAUGGGAUAUCAUCAGCUCUCCCACAGGAACGCUGACCUGUGUCUACAUGCCAGAUGGCCUGACGGCCCAGGUUCAUGUAAGAAGUCAGCAAACUGCUACUGACCUUCUCCUUGAGGUUUGCAAGACUAAACAGCUGGACCCAGACUUGCACCGACUGCGUCUGCACAGGCAAGCGGGACAAGAUACCGAGAUUCGAUCUGUGGCGCCUGAUGAGCUUGUUUGCGAUUUGGUUGGCCAGUUGGAGAUGGUCCCAGUUAAUAUGUUUACCUUGCAAAUGAACAGGACAAGCGGUAAUGGAGAUUUCGGAUUUGCUGUAACAGGACAGAUAGACAGUCAGAAAAAUAGUCGAAUAUUUGUUAGUGAGGUGCUUCCUGAUGGCCAAGGCUUCACCGAAGGUUUGCGACCAGGUGAUGAGGUUUUAAUGUUGAAUGGUCGCUAUGUAUCAGCUCUUGACCUGACACUGAUCCAGAUGCUGUUUUCUGAGCAAACUCUGAACAUGUGCCUGAGGCGGGAUGGACCCCCGCCUCAAAAUAGUCCCUCUGGCAAUUUACUUCCUCCUCCAGCGUUCAAAGUCAAAGCCAAGUCCUCCUCAGACUUGUGCACUGCAGCGGAGGGUAACGAGUCCAUGUGUGCCGGGCUGGAGAGUCACUCCCACUGCGCACACAGGCCUGUUCAGCUCAGCAAGAGUGUGGACACAGUGUGCAACCUCUACCAGUCCUUCCAGGAAGGCGAAGGUUCAGCCACUGGCGGCCCAAUGGAGGACUCCAAGGAGGCGCCGGUGAAGCAAGCAGGCGAUUUAAGUCCACGCUCCAGGGGUGACAGUGCUCUUCUUCGACCAUGCCCCAAGCAUAUGAGUAGCACUGAGCGGUUACGCAAGGUCAUCCAGGAGCUGGUGGACACAGAAAAGUCUUAUGUGAAGGACUUGGCUUGCCUGUUCGAGAUCUACCUGAAACCCCUACAGAAUGAAACAUUUCUUACUAUGGAUGAGAUGGAGAGUCUGUUCGGCAGUCUGCCAGAGAUGUUAGACUUCCAGAGGGUCUUCCUGCAGACGCUAGAAGAGAGGAUUGCUUCCUCCCCUGAUUUCAGCACGCUUGAGACACCCUCUCAGUUCAAGAAGCUUUUGUUUUCUCUCGGGGGUUCCUUCUUAUACUACGCUGACCACUUCAAACUCUACAGUGGCUUCUGUGCCAACCACAUCAAGGUCCAGAAGGUCCUGGAGAGAGCUAAAACUGAUCGAGCCUUCAAGGAAUUUUUAGAUGCAAGGAAUCCCACCAAGCAGCACUCCUCCACCCUGGAGUCCUAUCUGAUUAAACCAGUACAAAGAGUGCUCAAGUACCCCCUGCUGCUCAGGGAGCUGGUCUCCCUCACUGAUGCCAACAGCGAAGAGCACUGCCACCUCACGGAGGCACUCAGGGCCAUGGAGAAGGUGGCCAGCCACAUCAAUGAGAUGCAGAAAAUCUACGAGGAUUACGGAACAGUCUUUGAUCAACUCGUUACUGAGCAGGCCAGCCACGAUAGAGAGGUCACUGAAAUCUCUAUGGGAGAGUUUCUUCUGCAUUCCACUGCAGUCUGGCUAAACCCACAUCCAUCAUUGGGUCGCAUGAGAAAAGACCCAGAGAUGACCGUGUUUGUCUUCAAGAAAGCAGUCAUAUUGGUCUACAGGGAAAACAACAAGCUGAAGAAAAAGAUGACCAACCCUCGUUCGGCGCUUUCUCACGGCGAUCCAGACCCGUUCAAGUUCCGUUGGCUCAUCCCUCUGUCUGCACUCCAGGUCCGACUGGGAAAUACAGCUGGACCGGGCACAGAAAGCAGCUGCAUCUGGGAGCUGAUUCACUCCAGGUCUGAAGUGGAAGGCAGACCGCAGACAGUCUUCCAGCUGUGUAGCAGCGAGCCCGAGAGCAAGGUGAACGUCAUCAAGGUGAUCCGCUCCAUCCUCAGGGAGAACGCCAGGAGGAACACGAAAGGCGAGGCCACUUUGGAGCGUGGCUGUAAGGAACGCCUGGCAGCCAUGCGCACCGCUGCGCCCUCCGCCAAGAUGGGCUCCUGCAGGCCUUCCCGGUUGUGUCGGCAGCCCCUCGGAGACCCCCCCGUCCAGUCCUGGAAUCUCAAGUGCGGACCCGACUCAGACGAAGGCAGCCUGAGCAGCGGCACCCACAGUCUAUCCAGUGCUCCACCUGUCACAGAAAGCUCGACUCAAUCGCCGCCGGGAAGUUACUCCGUGAAGGAGUCAGACAUCCUCAGCGACGAGGACGACGACGGCUUUAGCGAGACCGGCGCCGCCAAGAGGGAAGGGCUCGACGCUCGCUUCUUCCAGUUAAAAAUUUGCGAGGAGCCCGUGCUGACUUACGAGCCUGCCGCCCGCGUUCAACCAGAGGGGGACGCCACCGAGGCCCCAGUCGGACUUGCGAGAGACCAACCGAGUGCGGCGAAGAGGAAAAGCGGGAGUCUGCGGAGAAGCCGGGGGGCGCUUGUGUGCAUGAAGGAGCAAAGCCGCUCAUUGGACACCCACAACGAUGCGUCAUCACCGCCGCCGGGCGUGUUGGACCUCAAUGCGCUUCUGGAGAGAGAGUUUAGCGUCCAAAGUCUGACCUCGGUGGUCAAUGAGGACUGUUUCUAUGACACGGCCCUGGAGAGACCCCCGAGAGCACGAGACUAUAACCCUAGUUAG